AAGCACAUCCGAUCCUCCGGACAUCCAAGCCCUAGAACAUUUGUGGAAUUUUAGCUGUCAGACCGAUCACACUAUGGCCACUUGGGCUUACCCACCCCUGCCCCCAGGACGCCUGGAACAGGAAGUGGAAUCCACGUUGGCCAAGGAAUUAGAGUGGCUGUUACGCUCCCUGCAAGAUUCACUCGUUUCGCUUAGGGAAGGUUUGCAUGAGUGUGCUGCUUUGCUGGCUCCCAAAGAGCCGGGCUCAACCUUAGUGCUCUCGUCCCUUCGGUCCGAAAAUGUGAAAGGCUACGUAACCCGGGUUGGGACGCAAAUCGUCAAAGGCGACAUCCAACUUCGUCUAAAUUCUCUAGCCUCAGUACGCGGGUCAGCCAACACCCGGUUAUGUCUGUCCAAUGCCCCUGAGGCCCCGGAGCUUGUGCUCGACCAACUGGUCUCCGUGCGGAAUUUGGUCAACCAGAGCUUGGACAUUGUAGAUGUUAGUACAUGGACGGGCGACCCACUCAACGCCGGCUUCAUCUUUAGUCAGUUGCAUCUCCUGCGCGAGACCAUCACCGAGGCACGGCAGAUGCUCAAGGGCGAGAGUGACAAGGUCAAAGAGAAGUGGUGGGAGGCGAGUGCAGCAGAGAACAUGUUUGAUCCUCCGCUGCCACCCUAUCUUUCUUUCCAUCUCACUAUCGCUGAUUCCGCGCUGGUACUACACCUGCGCACUCUGGAAUCCAGCACACCAACCCAUACGCCCACGGCGUUCGCCUCGGACAUCUCUCUCACCGGGUUCAACAUCAGGGACCGGCUCUUUGGCACCCGCCACCGGCCGCAUGAUGAAGCCGGCGAUGUCUUCAUCUGGAAGGGUGACGAAGUGAAGGUGAAAGAAAAAGUCCGCGUAGAAAGUCAGGACCCGAGCCUGAUGGCCGUCAUGGCCAAGUUGACUGCCCUGGAGCACGAGGUCCAGAAAUGGAUCUCGGCCCUGAAGGUGCUUAUGGGUAGCGACGAUACAGAUAGUGACUCCUAGUUUUCCAGUUGUGUAAGAGAGAAUUACCACCUUGAUCUCCAAUUCAUUGCCAGAGCUUCGAGAAACUCCGGUCU